GCCACGCCGAGAGGAGCGAAGCGCCAAAGGUCUGAAUCUCCCGAUGGCUUCAACAACACCCCCGCCCAACCACGCGAACGACGCGAUUCGGGAUCGUCCUUGCCCCCCUCCUCUCCCCCUCGGUUUACAACAGACUCUGAAGCAAGCUUGAGCGAAAGAGACGAUGAUGCAGUCCCCGACAUCGAUGCUGAUGUUGUGGAGGAAGACGAUGAUGGCGAGGACUUGUUUGCGGACAAUCUCGAAGCGGACUACUCGCGCAAUGACACCUUGGACAACUACGAUAUUGCAGACAUCGACGACGAGGAACAGGACGAGCUCACUCCUGCCGCGAGGCGCGCCGCAGAAAGGAAGAUGGCCCAGCGCGAUGCGUUGGAGCGCGCCGGAAGGAAAGGGGGACGCGCAGCUCGCCGAGGGCGCAUGCAUGACUUCAUAGACGAAGACGAUCUUGCCGACGAAGGCGAUGUGGACGACGACGAUAUGGGCGUGUCACAGAUGAAGCGUCGAACACGACGACAAUACGACGAGCGCAGGGACAUUGACGACGCGGAUGGGAUUGAAGAUGAAAUACCCCUCGAACAGCUGAGCGAUAUCAAGGCUAAGUCCAUCGUGGAGUGGAUCGCGAACGAGCGCGUUGCCCGGUCUAUCAUGCGCCACUUCCGUCAGUUCCUUAUGACCUACGUGGACGACAACGGCUCAUCUGUGUACGGCAUGCGUAUCCGCAACCUUGGUGAAACAAACGCCGAGUCACUGGAAAUCUCGUACCUUCAUCUCGCCGAGUCGAAGCCCAUCCUCGCCUAUUUCCUCACCAACUGCCCAAGCUCCAUGCUCGAACUCUUUGACCAGGUCGCCUUGGAGGCCAUCCUCGUCUACUACCCCAUGUACCGGCGCAUACACUCCGAGGUGCACGUCCGUGUGGCCGAUCUACCUCUGAGCUCGACGCUGCGCGAUCUCCGCCGCGCCCAUUUGAACAACCUGGUCCGCGUUUCUGGUGUCGUGACAAGACGGAGUGGCGUAUUCCCUCAGCUCAAAUACGUCAAGUUCGAUUGUCGUCAGUGUGGCGGUGUGCUGGGUCCAUUCCAUCAGGACGCGUCGCGCGAGCUCAAGAUCAGCUACUGCCCCAACUGCGAGUCGAAGGGACCGUUCACUGUGAACUCCGAACAGACGGUGUACAGGAAUUACCAGAAGAUGACGCUGCAGGAAUCCCCGGGAUCAGUCCCUGCUGGUCGUCUUCCCCGGCACCGCGAGGUCAUCCUGCUUUGGGAUCUUAUCGACAGUGCGAAGCCAGGAGAGGAAGUGGAAAUUACUGGGAUUUACCGCAACAACUUCGACGCAUCGUUGAACUCCAAGAACGGCUUCCCGGUUUUCUCGACGGUCAUUGAGGCGAACCAUGUCAAUAAGAAGGAAGACCUUUUCUCGGCGUUCCGGUUAACGGAGGAAGACGAACGCGAGAUGCGCAACCUUGCCAAGGACGAACGCAUCCGGAAACGCAUCAUCAAGUCCAUCGCACCGUCCAUCUAUGGCCAUGAGGACAUCAAGACCGCCAUUGCCUUGUCAUUAUUUGGUGGGGUACCCAAGGACCCGAACCACAAGCAUCGUAUUCGUGGCGAUAUCAACGUGCUCCUUCUCGGCGACCCCGGUACCGCCAAAUCGCAGUUCCUAAAGUAUGUCGAGAAGACCGCCCAUCGUAGUGUCUUCGCCACUGGUCAGGGGGCCUCCGCCGUCGGUCUCACCGCCAGCGUCCGCAAGGACCCCAUCACGCGCGAGUGGACGCUCGAAGGCGGCGCGCUCGUCCUCGCCGACAAGGGCACCUGCCUCAUCGACGAGUUCGACAAGAUGAACGACGCGGACCGGACGUCCAUCCACGAGGCGAUGGAGCAGCAGAGUAUCUCGAUUUCGAAGGCGGGCAUCGUGACGACGUUGCAGGCGCGUUGUGCUAUUGUCGCGGCGGCCAACCCGAUUCGCGGGCGGUAUAAUCCGACGGUGCCCUUCCAGCAGAAUGUCGAGCUGACGGAGCCGAUUCUGUCGCGUUUCGAUGUGUUGUGCGUGGUGAAGGAUACGGUGGACCCGGUCAUGGACGAGCUGCUGGCGCGGUUCGUGGUCGGGAGUCAUCUUCGUAGUCACCCGGCGUUCGAGCAAGCGACGGAUGAGAUGGACGUGGCGACGACCUUGGAUGCAGACCUCAUCCCCCAAGACAUCUUACGCAAGUACAUCAUGUACGCCCGCGAGAAGGUCCGACCCAAGCUGUACGACGUCGACCAGGAGAAGCUUGCGCGCCUCUUCGCCGACCUCCGCCGCGAGUCGCUCGCCACGGGCUCCUUCCCGAUCACCGUGCGUCAUCUGGAGAGCAUGAUCCGGAUGGCGGAGGCGAGCGCGAAGAUGGCGCUUCGGGAGUACGUGCGCGCGGACGACAUCGACAUCGCGAUCGAGGUGGCGGUCAAUAGCUUUGUUAAUGCGCAGAAGAUGAGCAUUAAGAAGACGUUGCAGAGGGGCUUCAGGAAGUACUUGACGCAGUCGAAGGACCACGAAGAGUUGCUGGCGUUCUUGCUUGGUGGUAUUGUCAAGGAGAAGGCGCGCUUCUAUCAGCUGCAGCGCCGCCAGCCACCCGAGCUUGUCACUGUCAAGGUCGCCGAGCUUGAAGACAAGGCGAAGGAGCAUGACAUCUACGACAUCUCGCCUUUCUUGCACUCGAAGUUGUUUGCAACGAACGGGUACAAGCUGGUCAAUGACACGAUCGAGAAGCGCUUCAGAAUCGAUUGAAAGGUUUGUUGGAUGGGCUUUUGCUAUGGUCUGCUGUCGUGCUUUGGUUACUUAUGUAUAUGGCUUUGUGUUACUACGUCGACGAGGUGACCUUGUUGUGAACUCUGAUACAAGCCGUUAUUCCGC